UUGCUUUCAAUUGGGUAACUGGAGCACUUAAUAAAAUGACAAAAACAUUGCCAACAACUGAAUAAUACUGUCUAAUAAUAUAAUAUUAAUUAUGGUUUAGCCAAGGAGGCGCACACUCUGGAUGCGUUGUUGCCUUACUGCAUUAAUAAAAGUAUUAUGGUAGACAAUGAUGAUUUCAUAGUAGAGGAUGUGGCGCCUGACAACCGAUCAAAAAGUAUUGUAAUGGCAACUAUGACUACGGUUAUACAACACAUUGCCACUGAGAGAUAACCAAAAACAAGUAUACUACAGCAUGAUACACACAUCUAGCCACUAUAGUGACUUGGCAAUAUUAGCUAAAUACUAAAAAAUACCUACUCAUCGUAUAUUGUCUUUAUAUUUCAAAUAAAUUCUUUAGGCUGGAGUCUAGACAUUAAUAUCGCAAUCAAAUAAUGAUUCGAAUAUUCGAAAUACUCACAGCCCUAGUGGCCAUUACAACACUCAGCAAUGGAUAUAAACUUAUGGUGGUGUUUCCAAUACCUUCAAGAAGUCAUUUUAAUUUAGGACUACCGUUGGCCCGUGGAUUAGCAGACGCAGGACACGAUGUCACAUUUCUAAGCCCGUAUGAGAAUAAUUACACUCCAAAGAAUGGAACAUUUCGACCAAUAGUACUGAAUGAAAUAUUGGAAGGAUACAACGAAAGUGAAAUGGAUAUGUUUGAAACGUCACAAUCAAUGAGGAAGUAUGUUAAUAUGUUCAUGAGAAUGCUAGACGCAGUUUGCAGAGGAUCUUUGGGCUCGGCCAAGGUCAAGAAACUAUUAGACGACGGGGAAACUUUUGAUGCAGUCAUUUUGGAGGAAACCACGAGGGACUCAUUGAAAGUAUUUAGACAUCUUUUUAAGGCACAUUUAAUAGUGUACACCAGUAUUGGUCCUAACUCAUUGAUGAAUUACAUCGUCGGAAAUCCAACGCUAUUGUCGUUUACGCCAGAAGUGAAUUCUGGUUUGCCCGCAAAGAUGACGUUCUUUCAGAGAGCUCACAAUUUUUGCUUGCAUUUGAUUUUUAACUUCCUUUUAAAGAUAUUGGGCUCCGAUCAAGAUAAGAUUCUUAAGGAAUAUUAUCCGGACGCUCCAUCUAUUGAGGAUCUAAAUAAAAAUGUCUCAUUGGUGUUACUGAAUGCCCAUGUUAGUAAUUUUCAACCAGUUCCCACAGUACCAAAAAUGGUAGCAAUUGGCGGCUACCACGUACAACCUCCAAAAGGUCUUCCCAAAGAUUUAAAAGAUUAUUUGGAUAGUGCGGAACAUGGGGUGGUGUACUUUAGUAUGGGUUCCAUUUUAAAGAGUAAAAAUAUGCCAAAAGAAAAAGUCGAUAUUAUUCUUGGGGCAUUCAAGCAACUUAAACAGAAAGUCCUUUGGAAAUGGGAAGAAGAUAAUUUGCCUGGAAUACCAGAUAAUGUGAGAACAAUGAAGUGGGUGCCACAAGCAGACGUUUUAGCCCAUCCUAAUGUAAAAUUGUUUAUCACACAUAGUGGUUUACUCAGUACAACUGAAACAAUUUAUUUUGGAAAACCAGUUUUGGCCAUACCAAUAUUCGGAGAUCAACCUAUUAAUGCACAGAAUAUGGUGUACAUGGGAUUUGCUCUGAGGCAUGACUACAAAGAUCUAACCAAUUCAGACGAAUUUUUGGCUAAAAUACAGGAAAUGCUGAACAAUCCUAAGUAUUAUGAAAAUGCCCAGACCAGGUCCAGAAUUAUGCAUGACAGAAAGACUAAGCCUAUUGAUGAAGCUGUUUGGUGGGUUGAAUAUGUUAUACGACACAACGGAGCUGCACAUCUUGCUGUGGCAGGCGAAGGCUUGCCUUGGUAUCAAUACUAUUUAGUUGACGUGUUGGUCUUUGUAUCUGCAGUGGUGUUAAUGCUAUUGACAGGAUUGUUUAUUAUUUUGCGUUACGUUUUAAGAAAAGUAUUAGGAUGUAGAUGCAAGACGAACAAGAACAAAAAAGAAUAAAAAUAAAUAGUAUUAAUUAUAAUUUAUAAUAUAUAAUAUUUAUUUAAAAACGUUUUAAUCUAUGAUAAAUGAAACCAAAAUUAUGAUAGGAUAGAUCACGUAACUUUCCAAUUACUAGAUUACCAGAUGUGGUGUAUUUGAUAGAGUCAAUCAUGACGAAGGUCAAGCUAAAAUUAAUGUUUAAACAUAAAUAUGUAUUUCAAAAAUACUGUACCCUCAAUAAUAUUAAUAAAUUUCAAAUAAAUAAUAAUAUUAUCUGAUUAAUUUUCUUUUAAAUAUUAAAUUAAUUAAAAAAAUAAUAUUUAAAUCUAUUUUUAGCUAUUGAUUUUUUUAAGUUAUCUGAAAUCCAUUGUAAAUGUUGAUAAGGUAAAUAUGGAAAACCUUGAAACUCUUCAAUAAUAUUAUUUGGAACUAAUUACAAUAAUGUAUAAAAUAAAUAAUUGUAUUACAGUUCAGGAUAUUUUAAAUGUGUUAUUCAUACUUCAUUAU